CUGUAUCCCAGACAACCCAUGAAGGAGCAGGACUUCUCUGGACAACUGAGGCACACAAGAUGUGGGGAAACGGCACUCCAACAUCAGGGGAGGCACCUGCUUCGAGGGAGACCCCAAGCAUUCACCCAAACAAAUCCAUAUCUUUGCAGUGUGUCACUGAAGCAGAAUUCCAGCACCUUCUUUUGCCAAUCACAUAUACUCUGGUUUUUGCCCUGAGUUUGGCCUCCAAUGGUGUUGCCUUGUGGAGCUGCUGGGCCACCCGGGAACAGGCCCCACCAGUCAUGACCUUCAUCUAUAAUCUCAUCAUCAUCGACCUGCUGUUUGCCUUGUCACUUCCAUUACAGGCCGUAUAUCAUGCCAGACACAAUGACUGGCCCUUUGGUGAGGGCCUCUGUAAAGCCACCAACGCGCUCUUCCUAGCCAACAUGUUCAGCUGUACCCUUUUCCUGGCCUGCAUUUGCCUCGAGCGUUACUUUGCUGUCAUCCACCCUAUCCACUACCUGCGCUUGAGGUGGCCCCUCUACCGUAUUUUGCUCUCUAUGGCAAUCUGGUUCUCAGUGGCCAUUGGACUCCUGAUAUUCUUCUCCAAGAGCACUGUCACCUAUCGCUUCCCAAAUGGGAAUACCGCCUGCAUGGAGAAUUUCCCCGAUUACGUCUGGAGUGGCAGCCUGGCAGCCACAGUCCUUGCCUUUUCUAUCCUGGGCUUCUUUGUGCCUUUCCUCAUCAUUGUCAUGUGUUCCAUUGUGAUCGCCCGGCGCAUUAUGAACCUCACUCAUGGUUCAGUCCAGGCCAUCUCCUUACGCAGGCAUUCUCUUCAUACGCUCUUGAUGGUGACUGGUUUGCUUGCCCUCUGUUUCCUGCCCUUCCAUCUCAUCCAUAUCCUGCAUGCCUUGGGCCGGAUUGGGGUUCUCUCCGCUCCAGGACUGUUGCCUUUCACAUGCUCAGGCCAAAGAGCAAGCGUAGCUCUUGCUAGUAUCAACAGUGCACUUGACCCUCUAGUGUAUUACUUCAACAUAGCAGCUGCCCACCGGAAAAUGCCAUGCUGUGGCGCGAUUAGUCAGAAUGUAAUGGAAUCUGAUGAGCCUGGUAGCCCAACCUCGUGGGGCCUCAAAAGUGUGAGCGAGAGACUGAGAUUUUGCUCAAAAUCCUCUCCAUAGCAUCAUCCGGCUUCUGCUGGAGUGCCUGCCACUACUGCCACCAUGGACCUGUACCACCUGUCACCCUUUGAGCAGGAUCACUCUCUCAGACCACAUCCUGAUCUGGAGAUAGACCAGGAGGAUGAAAUGAUCUUAAUCCUCAAGCCUUUGGAUACACCUAAAGCAGGAAUGGGGAAGUUCCACGAGCUUGAUAGCCACUUCUCAGUUUGCCAACUGCUUAAAGGCCAUACAGACCAAAGAGGGCAUGGUCUGAGGGGAAGGGGUGGACCUUAGUAGAUUUUUCCCCCUGUUCUAUUUUGUAUCUAAUUGUAGAAUUUCUUAGUAUUAAGAAAUAAAAAAAAUCCCCAUAAACCCACUCAGAUUUAAGUAGUUACUAGUUUAAAAUAAGUAUAUAGAAUGAAUUUACUUAAUUAUAGAAUAAUUUUAAACUACCAUUGGGUAUCCUAGAGUGGACUCAAUGAGACUAGAUAGGCGGGAUAUAAAUAAAAUAAAUAAAUAAAUUGUGUACUUUGAAAUGCAACUACCUAAGAAAGUUGCAUGAAAAGGAGGUGGAUGUGUUUCCUGUUUAAACACAAUUUCUACCCCAAUUUUUUUUCUGCCUGGACUUUGAGGAGAUUUGUAGACACAAUGGAUAGUUUUAUAGUAUAUCUGCUCCUAGCUGCUUGCUGUGAGAUGACAUGUGUGGGAGUAUGAGAAAGAAAGAAAGAAAGAAAGA